UAUAAGGAACUGAGGGCGCUCCUUGAAGACAUGAAGGACAAGUCGGGACAUCUGAAGAAGCGGUGCCUGGACCGCAAGACGGAAGCUGGGGCUGCCUGCAGUCGGGUGAAGGCCGUCUAUGGGAGAAUAGACGAAAUCGCCGAGCUGGAGAGGAUGCAGGAUGUGACCCAGCACCUCGGGACGGUGAAACACAUCUCUGCUGGGACGGCAGCAGACUUCCGCAAGAAUAUUGAGAAAUUCAUUGAUUCACGCACUGAUAACUUGCGUGAAAUGAAAGGCGGAGAGUUCUGGCCAAUUGUGAAGUGCGUGAAGAUCCAGGUUGCCCAAGCAGAGGUCUUGAAGACGGGCGUGGUGCUGGUGGAUCUGCCAGGAAUCCGGGACUCGAACGCCGCCAGGGACAGCGUAGCCAAAGAGUACCUCAAGAACUGCAAUGCGGUGUGGGUUGUGGCCAGCAUCACUCGGGCCGUGGAUGACAAGACCGCCAAGGAGAUCCUGAACGGCCACCUCCGCAGGCAGCUCUUCAUGGACGGCCAGUUUGGGAACCUGGCUUUUGUUUGCACGAAAACGGACAGCUUCAACAUCUCGGACAUAGUCAGGGACCUGGACCUGAGAGAGGAGAUCCAGCCCUUGGAAGAAGAACUGGAAGAGCUGGAACACCAGAGAGCACAGGUGGCAGAGGAGAAGAACCACCUUCACCUGGCUCUGCAGCCAGAGCGGAGGCAGCAGGGAGUGGCGACCACAGGGCCAGCCUGGCUGCAGAGACAUUAUGAGUUCCUGGAGAAGGAGUUCCAAGUGAGUGUCUUGCAGAAACAAAAGGAGGCCAAGCUGCGGGCCAUCAGUCUGGUCUGUGUUCAGGCCCGGAAUACGUUUUCCAAGCACCGGAUCCGGAUGGAUUUCAGCACCGGCCUGGAGGAGUUCAGGAGGAAAGCUGAGCUUUCUGAGUGCGACCUGGAUGGGGACACAGACAUGGAGGACGGGGACUUUGCCGGUUCGGAUCCCGGUGAUGUCAGGGAAGCCGAAUCCCAGCGUGAGAAGCUCCACGUCUUCACCGUCAGCUCCACGGAGUAUCUCAAACUUAGUGGGAAGCUCCUCAGAGACGGUGAAGCUCAGGUCUUCCAUGACCCCCAGGACACAGAAAUACCAGCUUUGAAGAAUUUUGCCAUUGAAACAGCCUUGAAAACUAGCAUGAAAGCCACGGAAAAGCUCAUCCGGGAUGUGGCUCGGGUCAUCAGCCAAAUAGUGCAUUACCUGACCAACCAGAGAGCGGAGGACGUUCAUCACCAGGCCCAAGCCCAGGAAAUCCUGCAUCAGGCCUUGCUCGACCUGCCCCGGUUCCUCCAGGAGGCCGCGGACAGCACCUUCCCUGACGUCCAGUACUGCUUUGGGGUCCGGAUCCAAGCCAGCCUCCUCAAGGGCGCCAGCAAGGCAAAGGAAUCAUGCCAGGAUGUUGUCAGAAGCUGGGGCUCGCGUGAAUAUGGGAUCCCGCACGGCACUUACCAUGCUGUGUGUCUUCGCCGUGGUUUCUACACCUCUCCACACUAUGGAUCUGUGGAUUUCAACCAACACCUUGCGAAGCCCAUACAGGACGCCAUCUUUGUAGCCUGGAAUGAGGUUUUCAGUUCCAAAUUGGAGGAGUCCUUUCAGCGCUUCACAAAAACCGUAUCGGAUCAGCUGAAGUGGUUCUUCGUGGAGCUCAAGCGGAAGCUGGGUGGGCAAAGCAGCCUCACGGAAGCCCUGGAUGCUCUUCUCUUGCAGCAGAUGGAGGCCGUUCAGGCGCGGCUGUGCAAUUUCCUCCUGGACCAGGAGUCCUACAUCAGCAAAAGGCAACGGACCAUCUCCCGUUUGCUGACGCCAGCCGUCCAGGCGGGCAUGGAGCCAGCCUAUGCAGCUUGCAGUCAAAUGUCUGGGCCUGGCUAUUUCCAGAGGAUGAAGGCCCUGAUGGAGAGCUACGUUCAUGACCACAAGGACGCCAUCUUUGAUGGGGCCACAGAGAAGCUGCAGCAGCAACUGCACCGGCUGCAGGAGCACAUUCAAAGGAGAUUUCAGAGUCUGGUUCUGGAACUGACUAAAUCCCUGAGGAUGCAGUUUGAGCCUCUCCUGAAGCCUGUGCAGAAGAAUGCCGAAGUCAUCCCAGAUUUAAUGAGCAUCUGUGCCAAGGUUGACAAGAUCUGUAAGCUACCCAGGAGAGUAUAAGCCCUGGUGCCUCUCAGGUGGAGGCCGGUUCCCUGGAGCCAGAAAGGGAGCUACGAGAGUCCUCGUCCUUUUCCUCGCACCAGCACAGACAU